AAAGUCCAAAGAUCAGAAGCCGGCGGAGAGGGAGGGAGAGGAGCCGGCAGUUAGCGGGGAGUUACUCACUGGGAGGACAGGCAGCCGGCGUGGAUUGUCCCGAGUUGGAAGGAGGAGACAAUAAUCUCCUACAUUCCCCCUGUUUUCUUCGGUCAUGUACCGGAGAUCAGGCUCACUAACAGCAGCAACUUACACCAUUGUGUCCUGCCAAGAGCGAGACUUCAGGGGCAUUAGAGACAACAGCACCUGGGAGAGAGAGCGGGAGCUGAGCAGCAGCCUGUAACAGGAACUGAAGAUUGCUGAUGCUGGCAGGUUUUGAAUGGACUAAACAUGAAGAGUCUGAAAGCAAAGUUCAGGAAAAGUGACACUAAUGAGUGGAGCAAGUAUGACGACCGAUUGCUACAAGCCGUGGAUCAUGGAGAAGUCGACAAAGUGUCGUCGCUGCUGGGGAAGAAAGGGGUGGUCGCCACAAAGAUGGACAGCGAGGGGAAAACGGCCUUUCACCUUGCGGCUGCAAAGGGAAAUGUGGAUUGUCUAAGGGUGAUUCUGACACAUGGCAUUGAUGUCUCGGCACAGGAUUUAUCAGGGCACAGUGCAUUACAUUUGGCAGUGAGAAAUAACCACAUAGAAUGUGUUAAAAGACUUCUCCAGUCUAAAUGCCCAGUCGAUUCCACGGAUAACGCAGGAAAAUCUCCCAUGCACUAUGCAGCUGCAAAUGGCUGUGUUGCGUCGGUGCAAAUUCUCUGUGAUCAAAAAUGUCCAAUAAACAUUAAAGAUUUGGAGGAAAAUACCCCACUUUUAGUCGCGGUUCUACAUGGACACAUAGAAGUGUGCAAGUAUCUCUUGGACCAUAGGGCGGACAUUAAUGCUAAAGAUGCCAAUGGAAGGACACCUUUAAUGUUGGCCUGCGAAUCCACUAACUUCAACAUGGUGGAUAUGUUAGUGCGCCACGGGGCUGAUCUCAGGCUCACGGAUUCUUUGGGGCAUGACGCUCUUCAUUUUUCCAAAUUGUCAGGAAAUUCACAGAUCAUCAAUCUCCUUGUCUCCAAGAUGAGCCAAGAGCCUGGAAUAGUGUCUCCGACUAAGCCUAUCCAGCAUGAUCAAGUCACUAAAUUAAGUACAGAGAGAAGUGGGACUCCCAAAAAGCGUAAAGCUCCACCUCCUCCUAUCACACCUUUACAGCAGAGUGAUGUGUCUUCUCCCCGGUCUUCAAUAUCUACACCAAUGUCUGCAAAAGGGCAGGUUUUCUUCCCUGAUCAAGGAGGCAAGGAUGAGAUAACGUCCAGCCAUCGAGAGUAUAGAGACAGACUGAGUGACAGCACAGGAGCUGAUAGUCUGUUGGAUGAAAGCUCAGAAGCUGAACACCAGGAAGCCAUUGCAUUGCUGCAAGCAAAGAUUGUUUCUCUCACGUCCCAGAACAAAGAGUUACAAGAAAAGUUACAGGCAAAAAUGAACAAUGAAACUGUAAUGGACAUUAGCUGUGAUUCAUACCAUUCUACACAGGCUGAUUUAAACCUGUCCAACGUCAGCACUCAAGAAUCAACAUCACCCACGGUUAUUUCUGAGAACACAGACAUCUCAUUCGAAUCCCAGCCCGAAGCCUCUAUCAGUGAACACAAGCUAAGACAGCUUGAGAAAACUAUUGACGACAUGCAGCUUAAGUUAAAUGAGUCUGAGGCAGAAAGGGAAAAGUUAGAAGCUCAGAUUCAGUCUAUGUUGUCAAGGCUUCAGCAGUCAAUUAAUGUGGCUUCCCUAGAAGAUGGUUCGGAUCUGGAGGUCCAGCCUUAUGGAGAAGAAGAAGAUGAGAGACAGGAUAAAAAACAGAAGGCCAAUUUGCAACGAAUGUCACAUGUUGAACAGGAAGGCAUGUCGGAAGAGUCGCAUCAAGAAACAUUGUUGAUGCUUGAAGAGUUGGACACAUUAAGGAGAAAUUACAAAAAUAUUCUAUCAGAAAGUGAUAGAAAAGACAACGAGAUGAAGGAAUUACAGUAUCAAGUUGACAUUAUGACAGCCACCAUGGCCAAUAUGCUGACACUGGAAAAAUUGAAGGAGGUGGAAAAAUCUUACAUCUCACUUAUAGAACAGAUCAACCAAGAGAAAACCCAACUAAGAGAUACAUAUGAAGAAGAGCUGGAAGAUAUGAAGAAACUUCAGAAGGAAUUAGAAAGUCGUAUGGAGAAGGCAUCUUCGGAUGAGGACAAGGAAGCCAUGGUUAAAACAAUAGAGGAACUGAAUAAGCAAGUGAGUGAAUUGUCUUUGGCUUACAGGGAAGCCCAAGCAGAACUUGGAAAAGCAAGAGAGAAUGCACAGGAAGUCUCUUGUGACUUCAUUCGGAAAGAGGAGCAUGUGAAACUUCUACAAGAGGUUAUUGAGGUCAAGCAGCAAGUAGAAAAUGAUUUCACUGGUAUGGUUUCCCAGCAUGCACAAGCUUUGGAAGAAAUAGGUGAACUGAAGCAAUUAUUACAGGAAGAAAAGAGAAAUUCUCCAGAAGUUGCAGAAUACAUGCAGGUUAUUGCAACGUUGAGAGACACCACAUGCAGUCUAGAAGCUGAAAGAAAUGAGUUGAGAGUGUGCCUUUCUUCCCAAGAAUCUAAGCUUAGGGCAUUAAAGGAAGAUGUGCUGCAUGAGAAGACUGUGGUCCAAGAAACUAUGGUCACAAGGAAAGUAUUUGAAGAACUGCAGGCAUCUCUGGAGGAGGAAAUUGGCACUCUCUCUUCUGAAAUACGAAACUUACUAAAGGAGAAAGAAAAGCUGUCUAAUGAGAGAGCACAAGUGAAACUGGAACUUACACAAGUCAAAGGAGACAGAGAUCUCAUUCUGUCACAGCUAAACACCAGAGAACUUGAAAUCAAUGAUUAUCGCAUCAGAUAUGAUAAAGCUCAGGAAGAUUUGCUGGAGUUGAAGAGAUUCUCUGAAAAUACGUCCAAGAUAGAAGAAGACAAAGACAAAAAGAUAAACGAGCUCUCCAAGGAAGUGAGCAAACUGAAGGAAGCCUUGAACAGCCUCUCACAACUGUCCUUGUCAACAAGCACCCCCAAGAGACAGAGCCAGCAACUGGAAGCCCUGCAGCAACAAGUCAAACAGUUGCAGAGCCAGCUCAUAGAGACCAAGAAACAGCAUCAGGAGAUUGUAUCAGUUUACAGGAUGCAUCUACUUUAUGCCGUGCAGGGGCAGAUGGAUGAAGACGUGCAGAAAGUCCUUAAGCAGAUCCUGAUGAUGUGUAAAAGUCAGCCGCAGAAAAUGUGAUUAUUGUCUCACUGGGAGAGAGACACCUGCUUCAGCACUGCCUCUUAGUAUUAUACUAGACUGUCCUUCCAGGGAAAGUUCAAUAAUGCUGGAUAUCAAAACUUUUCAGUUCUUCUGUAUCAGAAAAUUGUGUAUUUUUAUAUUUUUUUGAAUUAGAAACCCUUGUUUCCACUGAGCCCAUAAACGGUCCCCAAUGCUGAUUUAACAGUAAUGUCUUCAGGUAGGAACAGUAAGUUAGCGGCACAUGAAAUGCUAGUGAUGUAUUAUGUAGCCUGUAUUCAGGAGAGCCAAUGGUUUUCUGCAGCAACGCUAGAUAGGGAGUAGCUGUUUAGUAUCUUGAACUACAAUUAAUCCAAAAUGUUAGCUUUUUUAUCAUUUUAUUUUUGUAAUUGCUUAAAUUUAGCCUUAUUCCCUCUUUUAGCAAAUUCUAGAAACAUUUUGACCUUUUUGGGUAAGAAAAGAAAAUGGUGUCAUCCACACGCAUCUCUAAAUAUACUAUUGCCUUAAUAUAUUCCACGAUUGUUCUGAAGAUCCUCCAUAUUUGUAAUAUUGAUACGUUUCAAUGCAAGUAUUUCAUUGGCUGCAGAGCCAAUCAAAGAGGGCGACACAGGCUCAGCAAAACCUCCAUUUUUAUGGCUCUGAUAUGGGCAUCGGAGUGUCUGAAACACUGACCAGGCCACCACUGCUAGUCUGAGAAGUUGUCUGAUAUACCCUCUGUGCUGAGUCAAUUUAUAGGUGAAAAUGGUUGUUCCUUGCUCCUAAUUGAUUGGCAAGUGCUUACAUUGAGGUCCGUUCCUGCAGUGGCACAUCCCAGAAUGGGAUUGGACCUGCCAACAAGGAUUUUUAAAAUAGUUCAAAAAAUCUGGAUUAUUUGGAUAAAAUGGAGUCUAUAUUGGACAGCCUUUCUGUAAUUCGGAUCUUUCUGUAUAACGGAUCCCAUACCUGUACUAGGUGCAGAAGCAAGGGCAAUGUCAUGGCGGAGUUGAAUUGAAGAGCAUAGAUGAAGGCAUGAAGGAAAUAGGUUAUGAACAAAUUGCCAUGUUAGUAGUAGAUGAGGGGGGGGUGAAUUGAGAGGGGGGAUAAAGACAGAAUUGGCAGCUGGCCAGGGAAUAAUAGGGGCAGGAAAAAGAGAAAAGAAGAUGGAGAAAGGAAAGUGCAUAGGAAGCUUAAGGAAGUGAGGAGGAAAGAAGGAAAUUGGGGCAGAAAGGAGAAGAAUUUGAUGUUUUACAGACUAAGGAAAAGUAGAACUAGAUAAUAGAUAGAGAGUGAUAUAGAGAAUGAUAUUAGGUAGUAAAGUAAAAUACUAUAAGUGUAAGACAAGAGAAAACCCAGGAAUAGUGAUGGGCAAAUUUAUUGGCAACAAUUUAGACGCUGGCGACAAUUAAAUGGACGCCCAUUGACUUUAAUGCGCAUAAAAUGUCGCUGGCGUCGAAAUUGUUGCUGGCGGCAAUUUUGGCGAAUUGUCACUGACGUCAAAAAACGUGCUCCGCAAAUUUUUUGCCCGUUUCGGAAAUUUCGUGGCAAAGCGGGACAAAUUUGCCCAUCACUUCCCAGGAAGAACAGGUGCCAUAUAAAUAAAAUUAAAAGAAGGGAAAGUCAAUUUGUUUAAGAGUAAAUAUAAAAAUGUUGCUCUUCGUAUUGCAGUUGGCUCUGUUAAAGGCUAACCGCUAGGAUUGCUGUAUCCUCUGGGGCAAGAAAGGUGCCUUCCUCCAAAUGGGUGCAAAGCCCCACAUCCUCCCAGAGUCUUCUCCUUGCAACUGGGAAGGGAAGAGAGUUUGGAUAGUGAGAUGGUUUAGGGUAAGGGGUUUGUUGUGGGAUCUAUAGUGCCUCAGCCUAUCCUACAGGUCAGUAUCUGUCCUUCCAAAUAUAAAAAAACACAAUAGGAAUAAUGAGGUGCAAGAAAAGGGGAGUGAGAGUACAUGGUGAUGGGUCCAGAUACGUAACUUAUACUGUAUAUUAUCUACACUCCAAGGAGCCGCUAGUCAUCUCGUAUCCUGGAACAGAAAUAGACGUCUCUUAUCUGCUGUCAUGUCUGUCUCCCUGUGUCGGAAAUAAGGCAGCUUGUUGCAUCCAGCAGUGUCUGUUCCAACAUUUCCUGAAGGCUCCACUGUUUCCCAGAUUGCAAUUGGACUGUAACUGAGCAAAGGGGAAGGUGACCCUCAUCCACACACUUACAUUUGCACAGUGCCUCUUCUAAUCACUUCUUGUAUCCUUCAGCUUACUACAAACUCCGCUCUAUCAUUCACCCGGACCCUAUUCUCCAAAUACUGUGUCAUUUUGCCUAAAUAUUUUGUAUUUUUUUAACCCAAAAAUGGAAUAUGUUUUACAAAUAUCUUCUUUUUUUUUUUUAAAGAAAAUUUGAAAUAAAUUGUCAGUGCAAGAGUUUUAUAUUGAC